AUGAAAGAGAACAUUGAGUUAUUAGUUGCUGUUGAUGAGAAUGAGUAUGCAAAAGGAGAUUUGUAUUUAGAUGAUGGAAUUUCUAUUCAUUACAAAGAUAGAAAUGAAUUUAAUUACGUAACAUUUGAAUAUUUGAAUGGAAAAAUUAAUAUUUUUGUUAAUAAUUCUAUGAAAAGUUUGACAAAUAAGAUCAAUUCGAUCAAAUUCUAUGGAGUGAAAGAUAAGAAAUCGAUUCUUAUUUCUGGAAAGAAAGAAAUCAAUGAAAAUAUCAUCAAAAUAGAGAAAUUGAAUUAUGAUAUCACUGUUGAUGGAGUGAUUGGAAAGAAAUCAGUGAAUGCAGGCUUAAUUGUUCUGUACGUAAUUCUCGGUGUUUCUGGAGCAUGUAUCAUAGGAAUUUUAAUUUUUGUCUGCAUUAGAAAGAGAUUUGGUGAUGAUAGAUCUGAGAAAAUCGGAUAUGAUAACAUCCCGUAA